AUGGCCACGCAUCGCUAUACAGACGUGUGGGAGAUUCGCCUGACUCCCCCUCCUUCCCCUCUACUCCCUAUUCCUGCGCCAUGGGUCUCCGCUCUCCUGGAUCCCGAGCGCCGCCUACAUACAGGGGAAACCAUCUUCCUCCUCGCAUUAUUCGGCAAUGGCGAAAGCAGUGCAGUCAAGCGUUCUGAGGGCCAGACAUUUGCUUUUGUGGUGGCGAGAACGUCACCGCAUUCGAGAGACAGAAAACGCACCGAGCCGCCCGAGGAUACCCACAGCACACCCUCUAUACGUUCGCUUCCGGAGCGGCGCAUCCCAUAUGCAAAAAAGCUCCUUCCCGGUUAUGCGGAUGUAACGCAGUCUACACCGCAAUUCGAGCUCGAAUUUUGCAUACCGAUGACCAGGCAUCGAGAGGCGUCCGAUGUGGAAGCGCACUCUUCGUUAGAGUCCCUUCUUAGCCGUCCGCCAUUGAAGAAGGCGGUCGUUAUCGGCAUAAACUACAGUGGUCGCGGAGCGGAUGAAGAAUUCACACCAUUGCAUGGCUGCUCGAGGGGCGCACGAGAGUUCAAAGAUUUUCUAAUAGAUGUUUGCGGUUUCGAAUCGGAGAACGUCAUCUUGAUGGUCGAUGACGAAGGUCAUCCUCUGCAGUCCCAACCUAAGGAGCGCAACAUAUUGCGGGAGCUAAAAAACCUGGUCAGGGGCGCGUUACCGGACGACAUUCUAGUCCUCUACUAUUGCGACGGAACAGGGAAGCAUUGUGGACAUGGACUCAUUAAAGACAAUGUCCUGCGCAAAAUCCUUGUAGUGCCUCUUAUGGAAGGCGUUUGCUUCAGGAUUUGGAUCACUAUCACUGCAACCGGCGUCAAAUUGAUGCUCAGUGUCCUCCUCGGAAAUGGUCGUCAUACCUGA